GGAGUUGUGGAGGCGAGAAAGAUUGAGGGGUCUGGCCUGCCCGGGCCGGCAAGGACUUCUAGCGGCUCCGGUCUGUCUCCUGAGCCGAAAGGCGUGCUCUUGGCUCAUCCAAUUAGAGCGGCAGAUCAGGGCGCCCUCUCCGUCGCCUUGGCAACAGGACGCACAGGCUCACGCGGGCGAGGCGGCGGUUUGGGUCAGGCCCUGGGGAAUCGUGUCAUGUCACGACCGAAGAUUCAAAAUUACAAAGGCUGUGGAUUGUCAAAGGGAAAAGAACGAGAGCAGAGGGCAUCGAUCCGGUUCAAGACCACUCCUAUUAAUACUCUCAUGGAUGUGCUUCGCAACAGACCUGGAUGGGUGGAAGUAAAAGAUGAAGGGGAGUGGGAUUUCUAUUGGUGUGACGUCAGCUGGCUCCGGGAGAACUUUGACCACACCUACAUGGAUGAGCAUGUCCGGAUCAGUCACUUUCGAAACCACUACGAGCUGACCCGCAAGAACUACAUGGUGAAGAACCUGAAGCGGUUCCGGAAACAGCUGGAGCGCGAGGCAGGAAAGUUGGAGGCAGCCAAGUGCGACUUCUUCCCCAAAACCUUUGAGAUGCCAUGCGAGUACCACCUGUUUGUGGAGGAGUUUCGCAAGAACCCGGGAAUCACCUGGAUCAUGAAGCCUGUAGCCCGGUCCCAGGGGAAAGGCAUCUUCCUCUUCCGGAGGCUGAAGGACAUCAUGGACUGGAGGAAGGACACAAGAAACUCGGAUGACCAGAAAGAAGAAAUUCCCGUGGAGAACUAUGUAGCUCAGCGUUACAUCGAAAAUCCCUACCUGAUAGGAGGCCGCAAGUUUGACCUGCGCGUCUAUGUGCUGGUGAUGUCCUACAUCCCCCUGCGGGCCUGGCUGUACCGGGAUGGCUUUGCCCGCUUCUCCAACACCCGCUUCACGCUCAACAGCAUCGAUGACCAGUAUGUUCACCUCACCAAUGUUGCAGUGCAAAAGACGUCCCCCGACUACCACCCCGAGAAGGGCUGCAAGUGGAUGCUGCAGCGCUUCCGACAGUACCUGGCGUCCAAGCACGGGCCCCAGGCGGUGGAGACCCUCUUCAGCGACAUGGACAACAUCUUCAUCAGGAGCCUGCAGAGCGUUCAGAAGGUGAUCAUCAGUGACAAGCACUGCUUCGAGCUGUACGGCUAUGACAUCCUCGUAGACCAGGACCUCAAGCCAUGGCUGCUGGAGGUCAAUGCGUCCCCAUCGCUGACAGCCAGUAGCGAGGAAGACUAUGAGCUCAAGACCUGCCUCCUGGAAGACACCCUGCACAUCGUGGACAUGGAGGCCAGGCUCACUGGGAGGGAGAAGAGAGUGGGAGGCUUUGACCUCAUGUGGAAUGAUGGCCCUGUCAGCAGAGAAGAGGGGCCCCCUGACCUGUCGGGGAUGGGGAACUUUGUGACCAACACACACCUCGGGAAGCCCUCCCAGGGAGAUCUGCUGACAUCUUACCCACCAGAACGAGGCCACAUGGCCACCCCAGCUGCAAGGAAGCCAGGAUGUCAAGUAGUUUGCCUUGAGGAAGGCAAAGAGUUGAGGUUUGUAAAUGGCUUUUUCACAGCACAUCCCUAGUGUCUGCCACGUUGCUGUUGUUGGAGGAUGACUGUGUAGUGCUUUCCAGCUGUGCAGAUAAUCACCUAGAAAUCUUGUUAAAAUGCAGAUUAUGAUUCAGUAGAUCUGGAAUGGGGCCCAAGAUUCUGCAUAUCUAACAAGCUCCUGGGUGACGCUCCGUUAGUUAGCUGUCACUGGGUAAUAAACCCUCCCUAAGCCUCACAGUUUAAAACAACUAUCUUAUUUGCUAUUCAUUCUUUAGGUGUCGCCAAGGUCACUCAUAGGGCUGCAGGCACCUGGCAGAUUUACUGAGACUUGAUGGCCUAGGAUUGCCUCAUUCACAUGUGUGGUGGUUGAUACUGUUAGCUGGGUCUCUCUUUUUAGGUGGCCACUUGUCCCCCAGCAGUGCUGCCCUAGCCUCUUCACAUGGUCGUCUCAGGAUUCCAAAGCGGCAAGAGAAGACGUAGCAAAGCCUCUUGAGGCCUAGGCUUAGAAGUCCCACAAUGUCACUCUGCCACAAUCCAUUAGUUAAAACUAGUCAAGCCCAGAUUCUCAGGGUGAGGAAACAGACUCCACCUCUUGGUGGGAGGGGUGGCAAAGUCACCUUGCAGAGAGGUGGGCAUAUAGGAAUGAGAGAAAUUGUUGCAGCUCUCUUUGCUAGCAAACUAUCACAGAUAUCCAUGCUGCUGGUUCCUGGACCCUGUUCAAAUAGCAAAGGUUCAGAACAGUGGUUCUCCACCUUGGCCGUAUAUUGGAAUCACGUGGGAGCUUUAACAAAGACCGAUGUCUGCGGGAGAUAAAGAUACAGUUGGUCUGGACAUUGGUCUGUUUUAAAGCUCCCAGAUGACUCCAAAGCACAGCCUAGGUUGACAGCCACUGCUUCAAAAGUCUCGAGAAUAAUCCCCAAGUCUCCAGUGGAGUGUCUGGACAGAUGGUGGUGAAUAUAAGAGGUACUGCUGGGGGUGGGGAAAGUAUUGAUGAGAUGAGUUAGGGAUGUGUUGAGGGAUAUCCUGGUGCAAAAAUCAGCAGAUAACUGAGACAAGCUUAGAAUGCCAAGGAGAGAUUUGCAUUGGACGUGAAGAUUUGGGAGUUACACGAGCCAAAUUCAGGUAAAGCUAGGGUUCCAUGGAAAUCACUUUGGACAACCCUGGGGAUGCAGAUAGUGGGUUCUCAGCUCAGUGAAGCCUUGAUGACCAGUGGGUGCCUAGGAGGCUAAGAAAGAUGACUGAACCUCCUGGUCAGUAGUUGUGGCCAUGCAGAUUCAGUCAUUCAACCAGCAUGUGUGAGUGCCAUCAAUGUGCCUGGCACAAGAUUCAAUGAUGAAUUGAGUUGCCUCAAGGGUCAGCUCUGAGAGCAAAUAGGAAAUAGGUAACACUGUGAACAUGCUGGCAGACGAGGUGUCUCAGAAGCUCAGGUCAGCCUUUCAGCAUGGACUGCCUGGGACACACUUCCAUGAGAGCAGGGGCAGCUUGUAGGGAAGAUUCAUCUCUUAGCCAAUUGUGCCUGACACAGAGGGUUGGCUAAAGGAGGAAAGCUAACAUUUAACCUAUUAGGUACCAGGCACUGUGCUAGCUUUAACACAUUUUCACUGAGCAGAGCCAAAAGGAAAGGCAGUAUGGGGUAGUGGUUAAAAGCUUGACCUCUGGAGCUAGGUAGCCUAGGUUCAAGCCCCAGUUGUACUUACUGUGUGAUUUGGAGCAAAUUACUUAGCCUCUCUGAGCCUUUUUUCUCUUCUACACAUCAUUCCAGUGAGAGCUCAACAAGUUAAUCUAAAUACAUUGAGCAGUACCUGAGGUAAGUCCCCAAUGAAUGUUACCUUCUUUUGAUGAUCUUUACACUCAUCCCAUAAAGCAGGUAUCCUGGUUUACAGAUGAGAAAACUGAUGCUCGAAGAGGAAAAUGACCUAAGUUCAGGAGUGGAGCCAGGAUGCGAACCACAGGCCAUCCAUGGUUGCAUGGCUCUUGCUGUCCCCUCUUCCCACCAGUCAGUGGAAGCACAGGCCACUCCACUCCCCCGCAAACCCCCUUUUCUAAGGACAGGCCAUCACAGCCAAUACUCCACUUCCCUUCCAGGUUGCAUCAAUGAUCGGAAAAAACAGCUGAGGCAGCUGUUCCGCUCCCUUCAAGGCCAGAAGAAAACUUCCAGUUAAUACCCAGCCGCU